CAGCUGGGAGAAGUUUGCAGCAGUCUAACAGCAGCGUGUUUCACUGAGAGCAGCAGAGCAAGAGGAGAAGCUUUCUGUCUGAUUUUACUCGCAGCUUCAGAUUUUACUUUGAAUCCGUGUCGUCACUGAUGUCGCCUAACUAGCAGCUGCAAGCGGACUGAAGUCUGUCGGAGGUACUGGAAACCUGCAGCGGGAGGAAGAGGAGCAGAGGCAAACUGACUGAAGAAGAAGAAGACAGUCCCGUUGAUAAAGUCGUCAGGAUGAGCAACAACAAAAGCGAGAAGGAGACCGAGCCGAGUGAGUUCACCAACCACGAGGAAGAGGUCCGGACGCUCUUCGUCAGUGGGUUGCCGCUGGAUAUCAAGCCUCGCGAGCUCUACCUCCUCUUCAGACCUUUUAAGGGAUAUGAAGGCUCCUUGAUAAAACUCACAUCUAAACAGCCGGUAGGCUUUGUCAGCUUUGACAGCAGAUCAGAGGCCGAGGCAGCGAAGAACGCCCUGAACGGGGUCCGGUUCGAUCCAGAGAUCCCUCAGACCCUCCGGCUGGAGUUCGCCAAGGCCAACACCAAGAUGGCCAAGAACAAGCUGGUGGGCACUCCCAACCCCCUCCCCUCCCAGCAGAGCCCCGGGCCCCAGUUCAUCAGCAGAGACCCCUAUGAGCUCACAGUGCCCGGUCUCUAUCCCAGCAGCCCUGAUGUGUGGGCGUCAUACCCGCUGUACCCGGCGGAGCUGUCCCAGGCACUGCCACCCGCUUUCACCUACCCCUCCUCGCUGCACGCUCAGAUACGCUGGCUCCCUCCUGCAGAUGGAAGUCCUCAGGGAUGGAAGUCCAGGCAGUUCUGCUGAAGUAUGUGCUCCUGAUGUGUGAUGGUGUGCGGCUGUGACGGUGUUGCUGCUUCUCGUGUCCCAUUGAAGGAGGAGGACUGCCCCCCCCCCUCGAAGCAGCACCGUCGCAGCCUCCUGGGCCUCAGGACAGACCGCGCCCCCCUCGCCUCCAUCACACAUUGAGCACCCCCCCCCCCCCGCCCCCCGACUGUUUUUAUACUGUUACACACUCCUCUUCGCAGCGGCAGUGCUCCCUCCUGGUGAAGGUACCCCCUCCCCCAACGUUAGCACUGCCCGCUAAUGUUAUUACUAUAAUUAUUACUACUCUGUAUAUCAUUCAUAUUAAUGUUAUUAUUAUGAUUAUUACAUACAUGUUAAGCAUGACUUUGCAAAAAAAAGGAAAAAACCCAAUGCUGUACAUUUUUAGAUAUUUUAAAGAAAUACAAAAAAGUAUUUUUGUAAUCGAAACUGUUUGAAAUGUUUGAUCCUGUUUAAGUGUGUAAGGAACCGUGUGUGUGACAUCAUACAAUUAUGAGUCAUCAUAGAAUAAUCAGUCAUAAAACAAUGAGUUAUCAUAAAACGAGUGGACGUAAUGCAUCAAAGCAGAGUGUGUCUGCUUUUCUACUUCCUGUUUCUCCGUGUGGGUACCCCAUGGAGCCAACAUGUAGUCCUGAUAGAGCUCACAUGUAAUCCUGAUGUAGCCAACAUGUAAUCCUGAUGGAGCCAACAUGUAGUCCUGAUAGAGCUCACAUGUAGUCCUGAUGGACCCAACAUGUAGUCCUGAUGUAGUCCAGAUAGGGCCAACAUGUAGUCCUGAUGCAGCCAACAUGUAGUCCUGAUGGACCCAACAUGUAGUCCUGAUGUAGUCCUAAUGGAGACCACAUGUAGUCCUGAUGCAGCCAACAUGUAAUCCUGAUGGAGCCAACAUGUAGUCCUGAUAGAGCUCACAUGUAGUCCUGAUGGAGACCACAUGUAAUCCUGAUGUAGCCAACAUGUAAUCCUGAUGGAGCCAACAUGUAGUCCUGAUAGAGCUCACAUGUAGUCCUGAUGUAGUCCAGAUAGGGCCAACAUGUAGUCCUGAUGCAGCCAACAUGUAGUCCUGAUGGACCCAACAUGUAGUUCUGAUGUAGUCCAGAUAGGGCCAACAUGUAGUCCUGAUGCAGCCAACAUGUAGUCCUGAUGAACCCAACAUGUAAUCCUGAUGUAGUCCUAAUGGAGACCACAUGUAGUAGUAAAGCCAACAUGUAGUCCUGAUAGAGCUCACAUGUAGUCCUGAUGGACCCAACAUGUAGUCCUGAUGUAGUCCAGAUAGGGCCAACAUGUAGUCCUGAUGCAGCCAACAUGUAGUCCUGAUGGACCCAACAUGUAGUCCUGAUGUAGUCCUAAUGGAGACCACAUGUAGUAGUAAAGCCAACAUGUAGUCCUAGUACAGCCAACAUGUGAUCCUGAUGUAGUCCUGAUGGAGCCAACAUGUAGUCCUGACGUAGUCCUUAAAGAGCCAACAUGCAGUCCUGACGUAGUCCUUAAAGAGCCAACAUGUAGUCCUGACGUAGUCCUUAAAGAGCCAACAUGCAGUCCUGAUGUAGACCUGAUGGAUCCAACAUGUAGUCCUGAUGGAGCCAACAUGUAGUCCUGAUGGAUCCAACAUGUAGUCCUAAUGGAGCCAGCAUCUAGUCCUAAUGGAGCCAACUUGUAGUCCUGACGCAGUCCUUAUAAAGCCAACAUGUGGUCCUGAUGGAGCCAACAUGUAGUCCUGUGUAGUCGUCCUCUAUUUUUCUUCUUAUCUCUUUGUUUUCUUACCUGGGACAGUUGUAGACAGAUGUAGACAGGUGUAUUUGGGUGGAGUUGCCCCCCUCCUGACGGCUGUGGUCCUCGCUGAGAUUUCUUGUGAAGUUUGACGUUAUUUUAGCUUCCUGUCUCCUUUGGUGUGACAGCAGGGAGCUGCUCGGAGUCUGAAAGAAAGCGUUUAGUCUCUUUCGUCUAUUUUUAGUGAUUUGCUCGUUGAUGAUUGGAUAAAAUACUCUUUGUGUGUAUUCUGGGCCUGCAAUAAUCUUUGCUGUCUGACACAUCACUGAUCACACUCCUGUGACACUGUGACGACUCCUUGAUGUGGCGUUCUUAGAAAACUUCGUGAAGAGGCCGGGUCACGCUGAGAAACAGUCCUCCCUGUGAUGUUAAAUCAUAUAGCCAGUGUUUGUAAUGAAUAAUAAUAUUAAUAUGCACAUCAUGAUUUUGUUUCUACAAACAUUUUUUAAGCCAAGUGUGGCAGCAGAUUUACUAGAACAAGUAUUUAUAAGGUGUGUGUGUGUUUUUUUGGGUAUCAUGUUUUUAAAGUGAGAUGCCCAUCAUAUAACUCUCUGUAAGUAUUCCUGUACGUCUAACUGUAUAUUCCUUUGGUCAUUUUGUAGAGCUUUGUGUGUUUGUAUAUGAACAAUGAUAAUCACUGUGAGCUGCAGAGGUCAGCAGUGUGUACUUUGUGUGUUCCUGCUCCUCUUGUACAGUGUGUGUGUGUUCUCUGUGAGGAUCAGUGAAUUACAGAGGUGUGUGUGUGUUUGAAGCAACAAAAAAAGUGAUCAAAAUGAGUUUUUAUGAAAAUGUAAAGACAUUAAAGAUUGACGUCAUGUCAUGAUUACAUUUAA